AUGGCAUCACUUUCAUUUAAACAGCGCGAAGGCCUUCUUGAAGGGCCAGCAGGUCCUCCUCCUCCGGAAGUGUACCCUAACUUUGUUAAUCCUCCCAAUCUGCAGGCCGUCGGGCGGGGUAUUAUCUUGAUCGGCUGGAGUCUGGCGUUUAUCUGUUUUGCUAUUCGCACCUACACCAGGGCUUUCAUUAUUCGGCACUUCAAUAUAUCUGACUACGCGAUGAUUCUGGCUUGGGCAUUAUCCAUCGCCUACUUUCCUGUAGCCUGGAUAAUUGGAGACAUUGCCCCAGGUAUAGACCAGUGGAACCUACAACUGAAGGGUUUUAUCUCCUUAUUAUACUGGUUCCACAUUGGCCUCAUCCUCUAUUCCAUCUGCAUCUUCUUCAUCAAACUCUCCAUUCUGCGGCAAUUCCUGGAGGUCUUCAGCCUAACGCAAGACUACUUCUUCUGGACCUGUCACUGCUUAGUUUGGUUGAAUCUCAUCUACUAUACCAUCCUUACCUUCACCGUGAUAUUCUCCUGUCGCCCGAUCUCAAAGGCCUGGGAUGUCCUGAUAACAAACGGCACAUGCCUUAAUACGGAAGUACAGAUUGUCAUCGCUGGAAUUAUCAAUACCUUGUCUGACCUGAUCAUCCUUGUCCUUCCUCAUUUGAAAAUCUGGAAACUCCAAAUGUCUCCACGAAGGAAGAGGGCUGUUUCCGUAGUGUUUUUGUUUGGGAUUAUAGCCUGCACCGGGGCAGCCCUCAAAAUCCACUACGGCCUCCAGCUGUACAACACAACCAACAACACCUCCUACCAGCUCUACCUCCUGGGCCUGUGCACAAUCCCCGAGAUCUCAGGCGGCAUCAUCGCAGGUUGUCUCCCGUCGGUGCCAAGAUUCUUCCAGCACACAAUGCAAACGCCUCUUGUUUCGAGCUGGAAGGUCUCGUUGAGCAGGCUUAUCUCGGUGUCAGCGUCUCUGACAUCUUCGUCCCUGGGUCCAGAGGUGGCGCCGGAGAAGAAGGAGCCAAAGCCGAAGCACUUCUUUGGUAGUGCUGAUUCGCUCGAUGAACGGUACCCACCCUAA